AUUUUUGGCAUCAAUAUGUUGCGCCACCUCGCCGUCAACUGCGCUGCGCGCCGCUUUGCGGGCCUCACCGCCGCCCCGUCCUUGGUCGCCCGGCCGUUCUCCAAGAAGGCCAAGGCUGGCAAGGGCAAGUCCGCGCCCGAGGUCAGCGUCUCGCUCGACGACGUGAGCAAGAAGACGCAAGACGACGUCAAAAAGAACAUGAAGGGCGCCGUCUUAAACUACACCAAGGUGCUGAGCGCCAUGCGCCCGGGCCAGGCCGACGCCGGCAUCUUUGACAAUCUCAUGCUCUCGGCGUACGGCCAAAUGGUGCCGCUGCCGCAGCUCGGCCAAGUGUCGGUCGUCGGGUCGCACGAGCUCGCGAUCACGGUCUACGAUCCGUCCAUGAUCAAGGACGCCAAGAAGGCCAUUGAGGAGAUGAACCCGUCCUUCACUGUGCACCCGAAUGGCACGACGCUCGACAUUCGGUUUCCCAAGAUGACAAAAGAGACGCGCGACGAGCUCAUCAAGGCCGCCAAGAAGCAAGCCGAGGCCGCGCGCCAGCACAUUCGCCGCGUGCGCCAAGACGGCAUGAACGACCUCAAGAAGCUCAAGGACAGCAUCUCGGAAGACGACAUCAAGCGCGAGCAAGACAAGAUCCAGCGCCUCACGGACGAGAGCAUCAAGGACAUUGGUUUGCUCUUGACGGCCAAGGAAAAGGAUCUUAGCAGCGUCUAGUCCACGUACCAAUGCCAUCACAACACUGUCUACUGUGUGGUCAUCGACGCAACCA